GCCAGGCACCAUCGCCAAUUGGCCGGAUAAAAAAAAGGCGUGUACCUGCAGAUCCGAGCGCAGCCCCCCAGUUGCCCCCUGGCACGGCACAUAUUCUCGACUCAGCCAACGCGAACUGCCCAUGACAGCCCAGGUCCGCCAGCACAAGCGCCAUCGUCCAGCCAAUUCGCGCGCGGUGAUCUGCCCAGACGACGCUCCCCAAGCGCCGCGUCUGGCCACUCCUGGCCCUAAUCCUGCUAGUAAACUCUCCUUUUGCCAGCAACCGUCUUUGGCGACCCCCUCGACUUUCAUCAAGCUCUCCCAUUUGUGCAAGGUCAUGUACCUACAUAUCGGUGUCGCGGGGGAAUAACACGACAAUAUGCAAACCGUCCAAGCGUCCAGCGCCGACACGCGCCCUCUGCCAGUCUCGCCGCCACGCCAAAAGGGCUCCUCGCUCGCCUCCAUUGCCAUUUCAUCCUUUGCUGCCUUUCGGUCCCAGGCUCCCCAACCUGCUCCUGCUCCUGCUCCUCCUUUCGGCCUCCAGUCGCCGCCCGUCCGCAGAAAGCCCUUGCCUGUAGACUCGCCCAUUGUAGGCCGCUUUCUUGUCGAUCAGUUCAAUAGGCCAAUUGCUACUACUGCCGCACCAUCGCUUAAUAGCAGCCUCGCGCCGCCUGUCACUGACGAAGACCUCUUCGUGCCUCGCAAUCUCGACGAUAACCCGCAUGGACGGACUCCUCUGACGGGAACUACGUCGCAACCUGCAUCCGUGUCCCCUAAAAGCUUCCCUGUGACGGCUACCCUGCCAGACCCAAGGCAUGACCGACCAGCCAGCAGCAUACACCCCCAGCAGCAAAGCAGGUCAGAGGCCCUAAAAGCAUUUGGCAUCAGCGGAAUACACGCCCGCUCUCCUACCAUGCCUAAUAUGCCAUCGUACACCAACACAAACAACGCACAACGACCACAACCAAAGUUAGAUAUAGACGGCGCUACAGACGACUUCAUGGACACCUACUCCUACAGUCCCGAAGGAGACUCACGAUCAAAGCAAAACAACAAGCCCAAGUCCCCGGGAGGAGGAGGUUUCACCUCCUUCUUUGGCUGGAACUCCCGCGCUCAAAACGGCCCCGAAUCGGCGGGUACAGGCUAUUCCGAACACUCUCCAAACCUAGACUCCCCACGCUUCAGCAGACCUAACAAGGCCAAGCCCAUCGGCCUAGAUAUACCAGCUGCCAACUCUAUGGGUUCAUACUUUAACAUCCCCGGAACCCCACUUUUAUCUUCUUCGCCACAGAUGAAUGCGCACGUCGAGGAGCUGGAGCGCGAGCUCCGCGAGGUCAGCUCCGAGCUGGCUGCCUCGAUUCAAAGAGAGAUGGAACUCGAGGAUGAGGUGGAGCGGUGGAAAGCCGAAAGCUCUACUGGCAUCUCAGAUAACCGACGGACGAGUGACUACUACUCAGACUCCGGCACCAGCUCUGUUCGAUUCCCCAUUACCGAUCCAGAAUCCAAGCUUGAAGAGCUGGACACGCAACGUAGAAAAGCCGAGCAAGAGCGCGCUUCUCUCAAAGUACGCAUGGCCGAGCGUUUACAAGAAGAGCUUCGUCGACGCCGAGAUCUUGAAGAGCAAGUGCAACAGCUUGAAGACCAGGUUAGCAAUAAGUCAAGAGUAGGCUCGGUCGUCGAAGCACCACAGGUCAAAGAGCUAGCACUGUCUCUUGAAGAUGCCAAAAGGCGUCUGGCUGAGGAGCGGCAGGUCAAGGAGAACUUUGAAGAUCUCCUGACAGCCCUCCGCGAAGAGCUGGAGAAGCACCGCAACGAGGCCGACAACUUGCGCGACGAAGUCGUUCCACAGCUCAGGGCUCGACUAGAAGUCUUGGAGGCGGAUGCCGCCGAUACUGAAAAACUCGUCUACGAGUCCAGCCGCAUGCAACAAGAGAUCAAACAAUUACGAAGCGAAAAUGAAUCGCUCGCCAAAGCCCGAAAACAGCAGCUUUUGCAACAACAACAGGGACAACCUGUUCAGUUUCAAUCAAUUGCGGAAGAAGCAGACAUCACUCCCCUAUCAAACAUGCGCGUUGGUCUGACACGUUCAAACUCACUAGCUCGUAGUUCUGCUGGUCUCAAUUCCAAGAGGGGAUCACUGUCACGGUCCAACUCUGUCAAGGAUAGAUCAGGUGACAUGUCUCCUGUAGGUGCACCGGCAGUCAGCAACCCAAUGAAGGAACUCGAGGAGCAGCGAGAUGCGCUACACAAAGCAUUAAAACAUCUACUCCAACGACAAGAGAUGCAGCAAAGAGAGUUCCAGCGACGUAUUAGGGAGGUAGAGGCCGAAAGGGAUGCUGCUCUAAACCUCACUCCCCGACGGACUGCGUUCCACAAGGAGGUCACGGGAUUGCGACGAGAGGUCGAUUCUCUUCGACGCCGUGCAGACGAUGCACUUGAGCAGAAAUGGCAGUGUGAAAAGGGCUUGGGUGGAUUGAGAAUGGAUCUGGAUCGUGCUCAGCAAGAAACCAGCUCGCUCCGUGAUCUUCUCCGAGAACACGACAUUACGAUACCUGAAAUCCGCAUCGAAAACGAACCCAUGGCUUUGGACAAGGCUUACAACGAGCUGCGAACUACGCACGCACUGUCUCUUGCUCGUGUGAAACAGCUAGAAACAAGUGACGCAGACUCGCUUGGGGCGGCUAGCGCUGAAACAGAGAGAACGCUGGACCUGCUCAAGCAGAGCAUCUCUGAUGCCGAGGCCGAACGUGACUACGCCCAACGCGAAGCUGAGCAAUACCGCCAGCAAGCUCGUGCCCUCCAACAAUCCGAGAUUGAACACCUUGGCAAGGAGCAGCAGCUCAGCAAGGAGUUGUUUGCUGCUGCUACCCGAAUGGAUGAACUCUCCAACAAGAUCCAAAACCAGCUGACUGCCAACAACGCUCUGCGAGGACGUCUCACUGAGGCUAUCAUCCGCGGAGAACAGGAGCAGCAAAAGUCGACCGACCAGAUUGUGCAGCUCGAGAAGAGGCUCAAGGCGGCAGAGGACAAGGUCAUGCUUGCCCAACAGUCGUCGGAAGAGGCAAUUGCACGUCACGAAGGCGAGGUGCAAGCUCUCAAGGAGGGCCAUACCAACCACUUACGCCGCGUCAAGUCUGGACUACUCAGUCCUUCUGCCUUUUCUCCCAAGUUCCCAACAUCUCCAGUCUUUGCCCAGAAGUCGCCCCGUCUGACCGUAACGACAAGUGGACCGGCCAUGACGUUUGCCGAGGCUACCAAGACGGAGAUGCUCGAGAAGCGAGUAGAGGAGCUCGAGAAGGCUCUCCGAGAUGCUGAUCACGAAAUGGAAGAAGUCGUCGGCCGCAUGAACCUCGCUCAGAUGGAGGUGGCCGACCUGCAGUUUGAGAGGGACGAGGCCAUGAGGCAAACUAGAGGACUUCAAGCUGAGAUUCUUGCCGAGCGCGAAAAGGUCAAGGCCUUGAUGGCCACGACUGCAUAAGCCGCUUUAACGAGACUGCGACACUUACCCACCACGUAAUGUUUUUUCUACCAACCGCCAGCCCCUUGGAGACUACUAUAGUGUCUUGGGCACACUUAUUGCAUCUUUGGCGUUUCCCAAUGACCCAUUGCAUUUACCACGGGUGCCACGAUCAUACGUAUACUACACUUCACCUUUACAUAUCUUGUCUUAUUACAUACCUUUGCCUGUGGGCAGUCGACAACCUUUGGCCGACAAUGUUCUAUACCCGUCGGCGGUACGCUGUUACGCGACCUUUCUAUAUUCGACCCGCGGCAGUCUAUUGAGGAGAGUGACCGAGAGGGGGAUUUUAUUUGGGAGCAUUUUGCUCAAUGUGGAUGGAUCUGUACCCUCGCGCAGGGUCUGCAUGUUGUAGUUGUACUAUAUAUAAUAAUGGUGUAAUGGAUGAUGGUCGAAUGUCGC